CAAUUGCUAAACGAGAUGAGGAGAGUCGGUGUGUUGUUCUUCGAGGAGUGUCCAAUGGCUGAGAAGCUCAGGUACUCUUGCGAUUCCAAUUCGUUUGCUUCUGAAGGCUAUGGAAGCCGUUUGUUGGUUUCAUCCAAUGAUACAGCGUUGGAUUGGAGAGAUUACUUCGGUCAUCAUACUUUGCCUCUUUCUUGCCGGAAUCCCGAUCGCUGGCCUCACUUUCCUCCUAAUUAUAGGGAAGUUGUAGCAGAGUAUGGUGAUCGUAUGAAGGUCCUCGCUCAGAGGCUCUUGAGCUUGAUAUAUGAGAGUCUAGGCCUGCCAUCUUCACGGAUUAAAGAGGCCGUUGGAGAAUUCUACCAGAAUAUCACAGUUAGCUAUUACCCACCUUGCCCACAGCCAGAGCUCUCUCUCUAG